CCGAGUACCAACUAAGGACUACCAACUACCUCUACCUCUAUUCUAUUGACUACAGCGAUUAUCGCAAUGAAACCAACAAUAUCAUCAGAAGUCUUCUUCUCCAACUCAACCACAGAUACAUCCGUCUUCUUUAUCCCCGGCAACCCCGGUCUGGUAGAGUACUACCACCUCUUCCUUUCGCUGCUGUCUUCACAGCUCCAGGACGCAUGCAGCAUUUACGGCUGUUCCCUGGGGGGGUUCAUAGAGAGAACCCGUCUCUACAGUCUGGAGGAGCAGAUCGGAUAUGUUGAAGGGUGUCUUGAGAAAUUCAUCGCCUCCCGCGGGGCGAAGAAGACAAAGGUGAUUCUGAUCGGACACUCUGUCGGAUCAUAUAUCGCGAUGGAAAUCAUACGCAGACACCAUGAGAAGAAUACCGCCGAGAAGAAUAAUAAUGAUAUCUCCUUUGAAAUCAUCGGUGGGACGAUGCUCUUCCCUACCGUGAUGGAAAUCGCAGACUCUCCGUCAGGAAGAAAGUUAACAUCCCUCCUUUUCAUCCCUAAACUCCCAUCUCUCGCCAACUUCCUCUCUCGAGUCCUCACUUCUCUCCUUCCAGCUCCUCUCCUACGCUGGACUGUCCAGAGAGUGACGGGGAUGCCCGAGCCGGCACUCCAGACCACCCUGUCUUUUCUACGGAGCAGACAGGGAGUCGAACAGGCUUUGUACAUGGCCGCCGACGAGAUGAAGACCAUCACGACAGAUAAAUGGACGGAUGAGAUCUGGGGCAUUCAAGGACCGAUCGAACUGUUCUUUUACUUUGGUCGCGAUGACCAUUGGGUUGCCGAGGAGACGAGGGAGAAGAUCAUGCAGUCGCGAGGACGGCAUGAUGAUGGACCGACCAUGGUGGUUUGUGAGGAGGGAUUGCCUCAUGCCUUUUGCAUCAGUAGGUCUUUUUCUUCUUUCUUUCUUUCUUCCUUUCUAUACAAGCUAAGUAUUAGGGAAUAAUGAGGUUAUGGCGAACAAGGUUGCGAAGAUGGUCAGAGACAUCAUUACUCAUGAUAAACUAGAAUAGAC